UGACAUUGACAAUUCACUGUCGAUGUGCGAAGGUGGUUGCUAUAUUUAUAAAAAUCUUUAAAAUUUUAUAAAUUUAUAAAAGAAACUCAUCCAAAUGGCAUCCCAAAAGCUUUCCUUAGCUAUUCGCAACUUCAGCACGAGCAAUGCCUCGGCUCAACUAAUAAAGGCCCCAAUUCAAAUUUUUGGAAUAGAAGGCCGUUACGCGUCGGCUCUUUAUUCGGCAGCCACCAAACAGAAGAGCCUCGAGGGAGUGGAAAAAGAUUUGAUCAAACUGCAAAGCGCCCUGAAAACCGAUGACAAACUGCGGGAAUUCGUAAUGAACCCGACCAUCAAAAGAGCUUUGAAAUCUGAUGCGCUGAAGGCUGUAGCGCAAAAAAUUUCUCUCAAGCAAGAAUCUGCGAAUUUGUUGACUUUGCUAGCAGAGAACGGCAGGUUGAAGAAACUUGAUACGGUUAUCAAUGCUUUCAAGCAGAUUAUGUCUGCUCACAGAGGAGAGGUUUCUUGUGAGGUAACAACAGCUAGAGACCUUGAUGCCGAUCAAAAGCAAAAACUACUUGGAGUUUUGAAAUCCUUCGUUAAAUCCAACCAAUCCAUUAUGCUUGCCACGAAGGUCGAUCCAACCAUCAUCGGAGGCAUGAUCGUCAGCAUUGGAGACAAAUACGUUGAUAUGUCAGUUGCUAGCAAAAUUAAGAAGUACAGCGAACUCAUUAGCACCACUGUUUAAAUAUAUUGUAAUUUUAUUAUAUAAAAUAUAGUUAUUGAGCUAGUGUGAAAAUUAUUUGCUUCAAACUAGCAAUACCUACUAGAUAUUGUUCAAAACUACUACCUAUUAUUUGUACAAAUAAAAAAAUUCGUU